CCUGCUGGCGGCAACGGCAAGGCAGGGGAGAGAAUAACAUUAAAAUAAUCUCUGAUUAUUUUAUUCUGUAAAUUAAUUAAACUAUUUUCACCUUUUUAUAGAAUAUACUCGGCGUUGUAUGUGAUAAUGGAUCAAAAUCAGGAUGAAAACGUUAGUGAAAUCAAAAUGCCCAUAAGAAAACCAUGGUACAAAUACGUGACAGUGGAACCGACCAUGUUCUUAUACAUGAUGGCCUACAUGAUCACCAAUGUCGUCGAACAAACAUUCUACGUGUUUCGUGCGUGCAACGUCGACCAUGGAUACAGCGAAGAGAUCUGCUACAAUAUAACAAGUUACAAGGAAAUUAAUCAAGAAGUACAGGUGACAGUAUCCACCUUCCACCAAUGGAACGGCGUGGCCUGGCACAUAGUGCCGUUUAUCCUCGCAUUUUUCCUAGGCUCCUAUAGCGACAAGAGAGGAAGAAAGAGCAUCCUGCUGGUAGGGCUGCUCGGGAAACUCUAUUUUUCCAUAAUGGCUACUGUUAAUACUAUGAAUGCAUGGCCCUUAAAUUAUGUGAUAUAUACGGCCACUUUUCCUAGUGCCUUAACCGGUUCGGACUUGGCAAUAUUCGCGGGCGUCUUCGCGUACAUAGCUGACGUCACUUCCCCCGACAAUAGAACCUUAAGAGUUGGGAUUUUAGAUGCUGUUUACUUAAGCACUAUGCCUUUGGGAGUUUUUAUUGGUAACAUUUUGUACGUGCACGUUGUGGACAGGUCAUUUACAAUAAUGUUCCUAAUCAACAGUAUUCUGAUGGUGCUGGCGACUCUACACUGUCUGUUGUUCCUCAAAUGGCAGACGAGGCCCGAGCAGACGUCCCUGCGAGACGCCGGCGUCACCAAUCCGGUAGUGGACUUCUUUGACAUCAAGAAUGUGAAGCAAACGAUGUUCACUCUGUUUAAAAAGAGAAAUAACCACCGCACAGUAUUUUUGUGGUUCUUACUGAUAUCGAUGGCGCUGUAUACGUUCCAGAGAGACGAGAGGCCGUUCAUGUACCUGUACGUCCAAAACGUGUUCAAAUGGGACACGACCGCCUACAGCAACUUCAGGACGUAUAGCAGCACAGCGUACGUGCUGCUCAUGUUCAUAGGCAUCCCACUGAUGACGAAAGUCUUCCGCUGGAGAGAUACGGUAAUAGUGAUGCUAGGAGCCACUUCCCAUAUGGCCGGGCACUUCUUGUACGCGCAAGCGACCGCUGCCAAGACCCUAUACGUCGGUGGCGCAGUGGCUGCCCUAGGGCCCUGCAUUGCGCCGCUCGUCCGCUCUAUGACCUCCAAGGUUCUGCCGUCUGCUGAACGAGGUGUGGCAUAUACAUUUCUGUCGGUUAUGGAGAACGCCGUGGCGAUGUUCGCCUCCAUUAUAUACUCGCAAGUGUAUAAUGCCACGCUCGGCACCAGUUUCCUGAAUGCCAUCUUUUACCUUACCAUCGGGACGCAAGCCGUUGUAUUUUUAUUUUCACUCUGUAUGCAGCUAAUUUUAAGGGGCCGGCGGCUCGAAUCACUGUUACCGGAGGACGAAAGAGAGAUAUCGCCGCGGACUCUUCAGGCCACUAUCAUAUGACAUAUUAGAGAUGCGGAAUUUUAUAAGCAUUCGUGACAACAACCUUCUUCAUUGACGCUGCUACCUGAACACACGAAACUUGUUUCAAAGACUGGUUUGUAACACACAAUAAAUAGCACCAGAAAAUAUUUGGCGCUGCGUCAGCGCCAUCUAGUAAAGGUAUGAUUAGAACGCCACACGCGAAUCCUUGUUAGAUUCUCGCGUCCAGAUUGUUCAGUUGCGCGGUCGGUGUUCGAAUUAUACCCAUUUUGGCAUAUUUUAGGUUGCUUUCACACUAGGUUGUUAGCUAUCUGUAUGUAUUAAGCUCGAAUUAUAAAUAAAAUGAAAAUAAAUAUAACAGGUCAAUUUUACACAGAUUGACUUAGCUAGUCCCACAGUAAGCUCAAUAUGGCUUGUGUUGUGGGACCUAUAGGACAAUAUAUAGUUAUAUAUAAAUACUUACACGCAUAAAUAAAUGCCUUUACCAGGGUUCGAACCUGGGACCUCCCGCUUUGCAGGCAGGGUCACUACCGACUAGGCUAACUAAGAGGCCGGCAUUUUUAUUAAGGCAUUGAUGUCAUCUACGCUGCGUACAGCUGCAGUAAAUGUUGAGCGGUAGUGACCCUGCCUGCACAGGUUCAAACCCCGGUGAGAGAAUUAUUUAUUAUUAUUUUGAGUUAUAAAAAAAAAACAUUUAUUACAAGCUUUCGCUCGAUAUCACACUUACAUAUUUACAUUAUAAAAUUCAGAUGAAAUGGACACACAUAAGUUGAAAUAAUAAAAUUAUAAUUAAAUUAAAAUAUAAAAUAAUAAUAAUUAAGUGAUAUUAAAAUUAGUCAAUAACAAUAAAACAGGUCUCAUUAAAUGUCAUUUUUAUCGUAAUUUACUAACGACGCAUGCGACUUUGCCCAGUGGCCAAAUAUGGGGCUGUCAUUAUCAUUAGCCUCCGCGAUCGUCCUUAGAAGGCUGUUGGCGCUGCCGCGAACGCGUCCCAGUAGGGAUGCGACGCGCUUAUAGUAGAAAUCUUCUCAAAUGAUUUUUACGCCCAAGACCCUAAUCUAUUAAACAAAAGCCAUUGUGUCUUUUGUGUGAUUGAUGGGCUACCGUGCCUGAGCGCGUGCCAAAGUAACCAUGUCGUUUAAAAAGCGACUGUAUCGUGGUGGUUUUAAGGUUCAAAUUUAAGUACAUGUAACAUGUUUUGGUAAUGUAGGACCAUCGACCACCUCAAUGUAGGCGAGCGCUCGUAUUAUUACAUAUAUUUGAACCUUAAAACGACAUGGUUGCUUUGGCACGCGCUCAGACACGGUAGCCCACCGCUCGCUCAAAAGAAACAAUGGCUUAUGUUUAACAUAUUAGGGUCUUAGGCGUAAAAAUCAUUUGAGAAAAUUCAUACUUUACGCAUUAUUGAAUGGAAGUCGUCCGUGCGUGCUUCUGCGAACAUGCCCGAUGCACUUCAGUAGCGCGGCAGCCCCAUCAGCAUCCUGAACGAGUUAUAGAGGCCACGCAGGGCGCUAAGUUUUCUUUGUGUAGUUGAUCCACCAGGAUGUCUUCUAAUCCUUUCGUUUUUAAUUGGAGAUUGACCAGGCUUUCCUAGUAAUUAUCAUUAAUCAAGUUUUUAUAGGACGAUUGCCAAGCAUGACUAUAAUUAGCGUGCUUAGAUUAAGAUAACCCUCCUUUGCAUGUUUUUUUUUGUGAAAUAAAUCAGGAUAAUGUAAGUUGACCUCUAGAUUAAGGGAAACAUGUAAUAUAUAUAUAUAAGUUUAAGAGUUUUUUUAAUAUGAUGGAAAUAUCCAUCAUUAUGCAAAAGCAAGUCUUAAGCUUAAUACUAAAUAAAUUUAACAUAUGGGCGAUAAAGGGCUGAUAUGAUGAUGAUGAUGAAUGCAAUAAAUUUAUGAACGAUGUAUUUUAAUAAUUAAUAAUCAAUUGUUUCACAUAAUGCUCAAGCGAAUAAUUAUAAUUAAUUUUAAGGAUAGACACUAUGUUUUUUUUAAAUGAAUUUAAUGAUCGUAGUUAUAUUUAUAUCAAAGGGGAUAUAAUAAGAUAGAGCGGUACUGUCAUAGUAGAUUUUGUAAACACAGUAAAUUCACUGCCAUCUAUCGACACACUUUAAAACUAAAAAUGAAGAUUUAUAAAAAUACAAUAAAAUGUAUUUAAAUAUGGAUAAAUGAUUUUUUUUAUUUGCAUUAAUUAUUUUUAUGAUUUUGACCCAUGUUCUUUCACUGAUAUGCGUUAAAAUUGUUAAAUAACAAACGAAACCGUCAACGCCAUACUGUAUCCAUCUAUUACGGAGUUAUAUCUAUCUUUGAUUUAUAUGAAUGUCAAGUUUUGUGAACAUUUCGAGAAGAAUAUUAGGGUAGUUGAGUCUGGCAUCGCCACUUUACUUUACUGAGCACAUGCUCUAACACAAAUGGAAACACAUCGUGACGUCUCUGUGUCACUUUGUUUAGAAGCCGUUCCGAUGUAUGGAAAACAAGGAAAUUUCGAUUUUGUCGGUGAAAUGUUGCGUUUAUGUAUAUUGUUGUUAUACAAUUUUUUUUUUAAAAUAAAAUGUAAGGAAUCGAAUGGUACCGUUAUUUUUUUCCUAUUUGAAAGUUUAAAAUAUAUAAUAGUUUUUUUUUUUCGAAACUGAGGUCAUUUAUUUAUUUAUUAUUCUCAUGUUUUUUAAGUUUCCAAUUUAUUGUGAUAAAUUGCUCCUUUUCAAUCUAUUUAAAUAGAUUUAGUUAUAAAAUUCAUCAUGUGUCAACUACCCACAAUUUAGUGUUAUACAAGUUGGUAUAUAUUGUGAUUUAUGGAUUUACGGUAUUAAUAAACUCCACUGUUACAGUU